AUGACGGCUGCUAAGGAUCUAUUGUUGUGGAGGGUGGGAGACGCUUCCUACUGUACAUCCCCCACCCUCCGUAGAAAGUGUCUGGUGUACACAUGCAUGCAGCUAGAAUCCUGCCAGUAUCACAUCACGAGGACAGAUCUGGAAAGGUUGCACCAAGGAAGCCGCUUGAUUGAAGCCGGGCAUAAUUGUCUGCAAGAGCAGCCGACCAGCAGUGGAAGCCCACGGAGGGCAGCACUCAAGUCUAGAGCGAGGGAUGGCAGUGGGAAGGUCCUACUGCACCCAGAAAUGGCGGGCACAGUAGUGGCCACCGAUGUGGACACUGAGCAGACCCAUACUUGCCUGCACCUGAAAUUGUACCAUCCUCUUCAUCAGCAUGACCAAAGGAUCUUCAGUGCCAUCAAUCUAGGCAGAAAAGAGGAACUAAGAGCUGAAGAAGACGCCGUCUUUGGCCGGGAUGUGUGCACGUUCAAGUUGCUGAAUAACAAAGUCUCCCGCUUGCAGUUUGCGCUGCAGUUUUUCAAACCUUUGUACAAUUCCAAAAUGGCCUUUGAAAUUAAGAACCUCAGCAAGAGAGCCAAGCUCUAUGUAGAUGGCCUAGAACUAAGCUACCUCAACAAAGUGGAUCUUCCGCCCAAGUGCAUGAUUCGUUUUGGAGACUUCCAGAUCUUAGCAGAGACUGAAGAAGGAGAAUCCGAGGACAAAUACGUCAUCUGCUGUGAAGUGUCACGCUAUUCCCUGGUUCAGGAUGUAUCUGGGCCAGUAAUGGUUGGUAUCUCGGAAACUGGGGUACAGAAUGGUCAUGCUUAUUCAUAUUCGCACACAUGCGCCACCCCUCCUCCAGUGGAAGUUGAUGAGAAUGACUUGUAAACUGGACAUAAAUUACAGAAUUUCAUACGGACAAUGAAGAAAAUAACUUUAACCUCAUCAGCUUUAUACCUGUA